AUGCGAAUCCAUAGUCAGUACCCGAAAACGAGCGACGCGUGUCAAUACUCAUUAGUAAAAUCUUAUGGGAAUGUAAGGCCGCUCGUUUGGCAAUGUUGCAGUGUGCGCGUUCGAACAGUAAUCAGGCUACCCGAGUUGAAAGGCCUCUCGAAUAGUACUGCUUACUCAAUUGGUACCAAAGAAAGCGACAGCACAAUCUAUGCCACAGCGUUUCCAGUGCAAAAACUGGACGACGGUUUAACUCUUUCUGAGAUUUGCGAUAGAGAGCGGAAAUCGUUUGUCUCUUUGUUGUAUACUGUGGCGCCGUUAUCAACAGCAUCCGUUUAG